GGGCAGCUCCUCCCAUAAUUAAGUUAGUGUGCUGCGCUGGAGGUCCAUGUUUACGGGGCAGACGAAGUAGUUUCCUUCACUCUGUGGAGACUGCAGGAGAAGCUCUCUCACUCUCUUCUGUCUCUGGUUAUUUCUGCAACUCAUCCCUCACUGCGCUGCGACUGGCUGACCUACACGAGGACAAGACGGGGGGUGAAGAAGCAGCAGCAACACCUGCCUAAUCCUUCACUGCUGCCGCCAUCCCUCCGUCCGUUCCCGCUUCCUGCCCAGUCUUGGACCUCGUCUCCGCCGAUCUCUCCGCCACCCCCGCUGCCAUCAUGUGCGACUGUUUCCACCUGGCCUUUCCCAACUGGCACGCUGCCUCCUCUGGGACGAGACCUGGGCGACGGUUGCAAGGCCCUGAGCCUGCCACAGAGGACUCAAUGUGUGAUGAGCCAUCUCAGUUCGCAGAGAGUGAGAGACCACGCCCACAAGGGUCAUCUCCAGUUGAGGAGUAUCCUGAGACUGAAAAAUACAGUGACAGUGAUAAAGAGUGUGAAGCAGAGCAUGACCCACGCCACAAAGGUGGGACUGGAAAGAAAACUAAAAAGUCUGGGCUUGGGUCCAUGUUUGAAAAGCGCUCUACUCCAAAGAUGAGUAAACUCAAGGAAGCUGAGAGCCCUGAAUCUGAGGUGAUAGUGAAAACGGCCAAAGAUGGAUGUGCAGAGGGUCUCAUUUAUGGUGGAGGGGGAAAAGAAGGGAUUUUCAUUAAGGAAGUAGUGCCAGAGUCACCAGCCUCCAAAAAUCUAAAACUGAAAGAAGGUGAUCAGAUUUUGAGUGCCACUGUGUAUUUUGACAACAUGUCAUAUGAGGAUGCCAUUCAGAUUCUGGAGCAUGCUCAGGCAUAUAAACUGAAGCUUUGCUUGAAGCGCAAGCCAGAGAUCACAGAGACCGAACCAGCCAUCGAAUCUGACGUUAUACCUGAAGAAGACCUCCACACUCCACAGAUGAGAGAACAAGGAAAAACUAAAAGACGCGGAGAAGCUCGCAUUUCGUGGCCCAAGUUUUCAUCCUUUGGAAAAGGGCGAAAAUCACGUUUUACAAGGUCUCACAGUUCCUCAGAGGCUGAGGAACAAAGAAAGCUUGAACUCAGCCCAACAACAAGCGACACAGAGUCACCAAUAAAAACUCAGGAUGCUCUCAAAUACAAGAAAAAGCAUAAAAUAAAACUACCUGGUCUGACAAAGAGAGGCCGGAUAAGUUCAUCUGAGGAGCAGGACACAGAUGUGCAAACUGGACAGAUCAGUGGUGACACUCACCACACACAAGAAUCUGAUAUGCUUUCACCUGAGUGCCUUGAAAGCCCCUCAGGAGAAAUGCCUGAAGCCUAUGUGAAAAAAGAUCUGAAAGUAAUGAAAGAUGUGCAACUUGAAGAAACCAAUCUAACGGUCCGUGAAGCUCAACCUAUUCAACAUAAGGUGGAACUUAUCAGUAUAGAUAGCACUUUGAAAACAGCAGAUUUAACUGUGGCUCUAGCAGAUCAAGAAAGCCCCUCUCUUAUCAAGUCCCCUGAGGGGAAAAAAAAGAAGAAAGAAAGGUCUGAAUUAAAAAUGAAAAUUCUGGGGAAGGAUAAAUCACACAAGAAAGAAGCAAAAGCAAAAUCGUCACCAAAAAGGCUAAAAACACUAGGGGCAAGUUUUGACUUAGCUGAUCAUCCUGAAAAUGAAAAAUCUGACUUAAUCCCAAACUUUGAGUCACACACAGAAGAUCCUGCUCUUUAUGCUAAGGUGGAACAUGAUUUAUCUGAUGUUGCAGUUUCACAAAAAAAUCCACAGAAAAGUGAAGCAAAAAGGCAGAAAGGCAAAGAAAUCCAAGAAAAACACGAAGACAGAAGAACAGGGGAAACUGUCAAACUGACGAAACUCAGUUGGGGUGACGUUGGUGCUGAGGAAAUCACAGAUGAUCCUUAUAAGAGACUGGCAAAAAGCAGUGAUUUCAGAACCCAACUUCCCAAACGGGAAGAGAUUGAGAUACCAGCAAAAAGGGGACACAACAAAAGGAGAAAAGCUGAAUUCCUCCGAGAAGUAACGACAUCAAAAGAUGAAAUUAAAAAAGAAAAGGGGCAGAGUGAAGGAGUUGUAUGUGAGGUUGUGAUUCCUGAACUCGAUAGCAUUGAAUACAUUGACUCAGUAGAUGGUUCACCAGCCAAAAAGGACAAUGGCAUUAGGCUUACAGGUUUUGAUGUAAAUCUUGAGUCAAAAACAAACGUGGAUAUUUCCCUGGCAAAAAGUGCAGAAACUGAAGAGCAUGCAGUUAAAUUGCCUCAAUUUGGAGCUAUUACUACAUACAUCAGUGUAAAUGUGCCCGAUGGAGAUAAGCCUAUAAACACUGAUGAAGCUGAGACAAAAACUCUUGAAAGAGAGGGAAAGGGUAGCAAGUUUAAAGUGCCAAAUGUUGGUAUCUCCAUGCCAAGGGCGAAAGGAAUAAAAACGGAUUCAAGUCUAUCAAAGAAAGGUGUAGCUGUGACACCACCGCCUGAGACCGACGUUACACUUGGAAGUGUAGAUGUUUGUAUUGCAGAACGAAUAAUGGAGGCAGAAAAAUAUGACCAGGAAAUAAAACAUCCUCGGGCAGAAGGUGAUUUUGAUAGGCAAGGAGGCAAGUUCAAGAUGCCAAAGUUAGGAAUUGCAAUGCCGAAAAUAAAAGGGUCUGAAUUUGACUUCAGUGCAUCAGAGAAAAAUGAAGAUAUGAAACUGUCAGAAACAAAACGGAAGGUGAAACCCUCUGAUGCCGAAAUUAGAGCUCCUGAAAUGAAAGUUGUAGAAAAGUAUGUAGACGAAUCACCAUCAAAAUUUAAGAUGCCAACAUUCAAGCUACCUAAAUUUGGAUCUCCUGUGGCCAACACCAGUCAUGAAGUACAUGAUAAAUUAAAAGACAUUGAAAUUUGUGAAACACAGCUGAAAUCAACUGAAGGUGUCAAUGUUAACAUUCCAACACCAAAUACUGAUAUUGUGGGAUCAUCUAUUGAUGUGAAAACAGUUGAUGUCAAACCACAGACUGGAAUUAAAACUAAAAUCGAUGUAAGUCUUGGGAGUGCAGAAGCUUUCUUUCCCCAGGAAAAGACUGGAGAUGAAACCGAAGUACAUGAAAGCAAGUUCAAAUUGCCAAAAUUUGGAAUAACAAUGCCAAAAGUAAAAGGACCAGAAGUUGAUUUUAACUUAUUGAAGAGAGAUGUAGAUGAAACACUUGAAGAAGCCAAAACUGAUGCUGAACGUAAAAAACCCUCUGCUCAAAUGGAAACCGAAGAUCCUGAUAUUGAAGAUCUGACAAAGGACAAUGAGAACUCACUUUCAAAAUUUAAGAUGCCCACAUUCAAACUACCAAAAUUUGGAGUUGGUAUCCCAAGUGCCACAACAGAAAUACCUGAUUUGGACACAGGUAUCAAAAUAGAAGGUGCUGAUAUUAGUAUCCCUGAACAGGUUCUUGAAGUGAACAUAGCAGCACCCAGCAUUGAAUUAAAAGAACAUGAAGGCAAAGGAAGUAAGUUCAAAUUGCCAAGUCUUGGAUUUUCUGUCCCUCAAACAAAAGGACCGGACUUUGAUUUAAAUUCUUCAAAGAAAAGCAUAGAUAUUACUCUUCCAGAAGCUGAAGUCAAACUCCCUGAUGUUGAAGUUGAAAAAAAUUCUGCUGAGGUUGAAAUGAAAAUUGAGACUAAGGAAAAAAAAGAAUCACUAUCAAAGGUUAAGAUGCCAACAUUCCACUUACCAAAACUUGGCAUUGGUAUCACAAGUGCAACAGCAAAAGUACCGGAUAUGGACAAAUGUAUCAAAAUAGAUGGUGCUGAUAUUAGUAUCCCCGAAGAGGUUCUUGAAGUUAACAUAGCAGCACCCAGCACUGAAUUGAAAGAGCCUUCAAUCUCCUUGAAAACCAGUGGAUAUGAACAUGAAGUAAAAGGAAGUAAGUUCAAACUGCCAAGUCUUGGAUUUUCUGUCCAUCAAGACAAAGCGCCUGACAUUGAUUUAAGCUCAUCAAAGCAAGACGUACAUAUUACACUUCCAGAAGCUACAGCUGAAGUCAAGCUCCAUGAUGUUGAAGUAGAGAAACCUUCUGUUGAAACUGAAAUUGAAGCUCCUGAGUUCAAAGUUGAGACAAAAGACAAGAAAGGAUCACCAUCAAAGUUUAAGAUGCCUCCAUUCCAAUUACCCAAAUUUGGCAUUGGUAUCACAAGUGCAACAGCAGAGGUACCGGAUAUGGAGAAAGGUAUCAAAAUAGAAGGUGCUGAUAUUGAGAUUCCUGAAGAGGUUCUUGAAGUUAACAUUGCAGCACCCAGCACUGAAUUGAAAGAACUUCCAAUCUCCUUGGAAACCAGUGAAUCUGAAUAUGAUGGAAAAGGAAGUAAGUUCAAGCUGCCAAGUCUUGGAUUGUCUGUCCCAAAAAGAAAAGGGCCUGACACUGAUUUAAGCUUAUCAAAGAAAGAUGUAGAUGUUACACUUCCAGAAGCUAAAGCUAAAGUCACACUCCCUGAUAUGGAAGUGGAAACUGAAGCUCCUGAGUUCAAAGUUGAGACAAAAGACAAAAAAGGAUCACCAUCAAAGUUUAAGAUGCCAACAUUCAAAUUACCCAAAUUUGGUGCCCGUGACACAAGUGCAACAGCAGAGGUACCGGAUAUGGACAAAGGCAUAAAAAUAGAUGGUGGUGAUAUUAGUAUCCCUGAAGAGGUUCUUGAAGUUAACAUAGCAGCACCCAGCACUGAAUUCAAAGAACCUUCACUCACCCUGAAAACUACAGGAGCUGAACGUGAAGGCAAAGGAAGUAAGUUCAAACUGCCAAGUCUUGGAUUGUCUGUCCCUGAAACCAAAGUACCUGACAUUGAUUUAAGCUUAUCGAAGAAAGACGUAGAUGUUACAUAUCCAGAAGCCAAAGCUGAAGCCAAACUCCCUGAUUUUGAAGUAGAGAAACCUUCUGUUGAAGUGGAAACUGAAGCUCCUGAGUUCAAAGUUGAGACAAAAGAUAAAAAAGGAUCACCAUCAAAAUUUAAGAUGCCUACAUUCAAAUUACCCAAAUUUGGCAUUGGUAUCCCAAGUGCCACAGCAAAAGUACCUGAUUUGGACACAGAUGUUAAAGUAGAUGGUGGUGAUAUUAGUAUCCCUGAGGAGGUUCUUGAAGUCAACAUUGCAGCACCCAGCACUGAAUUCAAAGAACCUUCACUCACCCUGAAAACUGCAGGAGCUGAACAUGAAGGCAAAGGAAGUAAGUUCAAACUGCCAAGUCUUGGAUUGUCUGUCCCUCAAGCCAAGGGACCUGACAUUGAUUUAAGUUUAUCAGAGAAAGACGUAGAAGUUACACUUCCAGAAGCCAACGCUGAAGUCAAACUCCGUGAUGUUGAAAUUGAAAAAUCUUCUGUUGAAGUGGAAAUUGAAGCUCCUGAGAUAAAGAUUGAAACAAAGGGAAAGAAAGGAUCACCAUCAAAGUUUAAGAUGCCAACAUUCCAAUUGCCAAAAUUUGGAGUGGGUAUCACAAGUACAACAGCAGAGGUACCGGAUAUGGAGAAAGGCAUAAAAAUAGAUGGUGCUGAUAUUGAGAUUCCUGAAGAGGUUCUUGAAGUUAACAUAGCAGCACCCAGCACUGAAUUCAAAGAACCUUCACUCACCCUGAAAACUGCAGGAGCUGAACAUGAAGUAAAAGGAAGUAAGUUCAAACUGCCAAGUCUCGGAUUGUCUGUCCCAAAAACAAAAGGGUCUGACAUUGAUUUAAGCUUAUCGAAGAAAGACGUAAAAGUUACACUUCAAGAAGAUAAAGCUGAAGUCAAACUCCCUGAUGUUGAAGUAGAGAAACCUUCUGUUGAAGUGGAAAUUGAAGCUCCUGAGAUAAAGAUUGAAACAAAGGGAAAGAAAGGAUCACCAUCAAAGUUUAAGAUGCCAACAUUCCAAUUUCCAAAAUUUGGAGUGGGUGUCACAAGUGCAACAGCAGAGGUACCGGAUAUGGACAAAGGCAUAAAAAUAGAUGGUGCUGAUAUUAAGAUUCCUGAAGAGGUUCUUGAAGUUGGCGUUGCAGCACCCAGCACUGAAUUAAAAGAACCUUCAAUCUCCUUGAAAACCAGUGGAUAUGAACAUGAAGUAAAAGGAAGUAAGUUCACACUGCCAAGUCUUGGAUUGUCUGUCCCAAAAACCAAAGGGCCUGACAUUGAUUUAAGCUUAUCGAAGAAAGACGUGCAUGUUACACUUCCAGAAGCCAAAGCUGAAGUCAAACUCCCUGAUGUUGAAGUAGAGAAACCUUCUGUUGAAGUGGAAAUUGAAGCUCCUGAGUUCAAAGUUGAGACAAAAGAUAAAAAAGGAUCACCAUCAAAAUUUAAGAUGCCUACAUUCAAAUUACCCAGAUUUGGCAUUGGUAUCCCAAGUGGUACAGCAAAAGUACCUGAUUUGGACACAGAUGUUAAAGUAGAAGGAGCUGAUAUUAGUAUACCUAAAGAGGUUCUUGAAGUUAACAUAGCAGCACCCAGCACUGAAUUCAAAGAACCUUCACUCACCCUGAAAACUACAGGAGCUGAACAUGAAGGAAAAGGAAGUAAGUUCAAACUGCCAAGUCUUGGAUUGUCUGUCCCUCAAGCCAAAGGACCAGAUAUCAAUUUAAGUUUAUCAGAGAAAGAUGUAGAUAUUACACUUCCAGAAGCCAAAGCUGAAGUCAAGCUCCCUGAUGUUGAAGUUGAAAAACCUUCUGUUGAAGUGGAAAUUGAAGCUCCUGAGAUAAAGAUUGAAACAAAGGGAAAGAAAGGAUCACCAUCAAAGUUUAAGAUGCCAACAUUCCAAUUGCCAAAAUUUGGAGUGGGUGUCACAAGUGCAACAGCAGAGGUACCGGAUAUGGACAAAGGCAUAAAAAUAGAUGGUGCUGAUAUUGAGAUUCCUGAAGAGGUUCUUGAAGUUAACAUUGCAGCACCCAGCACUGAAUUAAAAGAACCUUCAAUCUCCUUGAAAACCAGUGGAUCUGAACAUGAAGGAAAAGGAAGUAAGUUCAAACUGCCAAGUCUUGGAUUGUCUGUCACAAAAACCAAAGGGCCUGACAUUGAUUUAAGCUUAUCAAAGAAAGAUGUAGAUGCUGCACUUCCAGAAGCUAAAGCUGAAAUCAAACUCCCUGAUGUUGAAGUAGAGAAACCUUCUGUUGAAGUGGAAAUUGAAGCUCCUGAGUUCAAAGUUGAGACAAAAGACAAAAAAGGAUCACCAUCAAAGUUUAAGAUGCCUACAUUCAAAUUACCCAGAUUUGGCAUUGGUAUCCCAAGUGCCACAGCAAAAGUACCUGAUUUGGACACGGAUGUUAAAGUAGAUGGUGGUGAUAUGAGUAUCCCUGAAGAGGUUCUUAAAGUUAACAUAGCAGCACCCAGCACUGAAUUCAAAGAACCUUCACUCACCCUGAAAACUACAGGAGCUGAACAUGAAGGAAAAGGAAGUAAGUUCAAACUGCCAAGUCUUGGAUUGUCUGUCCCUCAAGCCAAAGGACCAGAUAUCAAUUUAAGUUUAUCAAAGAAAGAUGUUGAUGUUACACUUCCAGAAGCCAAAGCUGAAGUCAAACUCCGUGAUGUUGAAAUUGAAAAACCUUCUGUUGAAGUGGAAAUUGAAGCUCCUGAGAUAAAGAUUGAAACAAAGGGAAAGAAAGGAUCACCAUCAAAGUUUAAGAUGCCAACAUUCCAAUUGCCAAAAUUUGGAGUGGGUGUCACAAGUGCAACAGCAGAGGUACCGGAUAUGGACAAAGGCAUAAAAAUAGAUGGUGCUGAUAUUAAGAUUCCUGAAGAGGUUCUUGAAGUUGGCGUUGCAGCACCCAGCACUGAAUUAAAAGAACCUUCAAUCUCCUUGAAAACCAGUGGAUCUGAACAUGAAGGAAAAGGAAGUAAGUUCAAACUGCCAAGUCUUGGAUUGUCUGUCCCAAAAACCAAAGGGCCUGACAUUGAUUUAAGCUUAACGAAGAAAGAUGUAGAUGCUGCACUUCCAGAAGCUAAAGCUGAAGUCAAACUCCCUGAUGUUGAAGUAGAGAAACCUUCUGUUGAAAUUGAAGCUCCUGAGUUCAAAGUUGAGACAAAAGAUAAAAAGGAUCACCAUCAAAAUUUAAGAUCAAAAGUACCUGAUUUGGACACGGAUGUUAAAGUAGAUGGUGGUGAUAUUAGUAUCCCUGAAGAGGUUCUUGAAGUUAACAUAGCAGCACCCAGCACUGAAUUCAAAGAACCUUCACUCACCCUGAAAACUGCAGGAGCUGAACAUGAAGGAAAAGGAAGUAAGUUCAAACUGCCAAGUCUUGGAUUGUCUGUCCCUCAAGCCAAAGGACCAGAUAUCGAUUUAAGUUUAUCGAAGAAAGAUGUUGAUGUUACACUUCCAGAAGCCAAAGCUGAAGUCAAACUCCGUGAUGUUGAAAUUGAAAAACCUUGUGUUGAAGUGGAAAUUGAAGCUCCUGAGAUAAAGACAGAAACAAAGGGAAAGAAAGGAUCACCAUCAAAGUUUAAGAUGCCAACAUUCCAAAUUCCAAAAUUUGGAGUGGGUGUCACAAGUGCAACAGCAGAGGUACCGGAUAUGGACAAAGGCAUAAAAAUAGAUGGUGCUGAUAUUAAGAUUCCUGAAGAGGUUCUUGAAGUUGGCGUUGCAGCACCCAGCACUGAAUUAAAAGAACCUUCAAUCUCCUUGAAAACCAGUGGAUAUGAACAUGAAGGAAAAGGAAGUAAGUUCAAACUGCCAAGUCUUGGAUUGUCUGUCCCUCAAGCCAAAGGACCAGAUAUCAAUUUAAGUUUAUCAGAGAAAGAUGUAGAUAUUACACUUCCAGAAGCCAAAGCUGAAGUCAAGCUCCCUGAUGUUGAAGUUGAAAAACCUUCUGUUGAAGUGGAAAUUGAAGCUCCUGAGAUAAAGAUUGAAACAAAGGGAAAGAAAGGAUCACCAUCAAAGUUUAAGAUGCCAACAUUCCAAUUGCCAAAAUUUGGAGUGGGUGUCACAAGUGCAACAGCAGAGGUACCGGAUAUGGACAAAGGCAUAAAAAUAGAUGGUGCUGAUAUUGAGAUUCCUGAAGAGGUUCUUGAAGUUAACAUUGCAGCACCCAGCACUGAAUUAAAAGAACCUUCAAUCUCCUUGAAAACCACAAGUCUUGGAUUGUCUGUCGCAAAAACCAAAGGGCCUGACAUUGAUUUAAGCUUAACGAAGAAAGAUGUAGAUGCUGCACUUCCAGAAGCUAAAGCUGAAAUCAAACUCCCUGAUGUUGAAGUAGAGAAACCUUCUGUUGAAAUUGAAGCUCCUGAGUUCAAAGUUGAGACAAAAGAUAAAAAAGGAUCACCAUCAAAAUUUAAGAUGCCUACAUUCAAAUUACCCAGAUUUGGCAUUGGUAUCCCAAGUGGUACAGCAAAAGUAUCUGAUUUGGACACGGAUGUUAAAGUAGAUGGUGCUGAUAUUAGUAUCCCUGAAGAGGUUCUUGAAGUUAACAUAGCAGCACCCAGCACUGAAUUCAAAGAACCUUCACUCACCCUGAAAACUGCAGGAGCUGAACAUGAAGGAAAAGGAAGUAAGUUCAAACUGCCAAGUCUUGGAUUGUCUGUCCCUCAAGCCAAAGGACCAGAUAUCGAUUUAAGUUUAUCGAAGAAAGAUGUUGAUGUUACACUUCCAGAAGCCAAAGCUGAAGUCAAACUCCGUGAUGUUGAAAUUGAAAAACCUUGUGUUGAAGUGGAAAUUGAAGCUCCUGAGAUAAAGACAGAAACAAAGGGAAAGAAAGGAUCACCAUCAAAGUUUAAGAUGCCAACAUUCCAAAUUCCAAAAUUUGGAGUGGGUGUCACAAGUGCAACAGCAGAGGUACCGGAUAUGGACAAAGGCAUAAAAAUAGAUGGUGCUGAUAUUAAGAUUCCUGAAGAGGUUCUUGAAGUUGGCGUUGCAGCACCCAGCACUGAAUUAAAAGAACCUUCAAUCUCCUUGAAAACCAGUGGAUAUGAACAUGAAGGAAAAGGAAGUAAGUUCAAACUGCCAAGUCUUGGAUUGUCUGUCCCUCAAGCCAAAGGACCAGAUAUCAAUUUAAGUUUAUCAAAGAAAGAUGUAAAUAUUACACUUCCAGAAGCCAAAGCUGAAGUCAAGCUCCCUGAUGUUGAAGUUGAAAAACCUUCUGUUGAAGUGGAAAUUGAAGCUCCUGAGAUAAAGAUUGAAACAAAGGGAAAGAAAGGAUCACCAUCAAAGUUUAAGAUGCCAACAUUCCAAUUGCCAAAAUUUGGAGUGGGUGUCACAAGUUCAACAGCAGAGGUACCGGAUAUGGACAAAGGCAUAAAAAUAGAUGGUGCUGAUAUUGAGAUUCCUGAAGAGGUUCUUGAAGUUAACAUUGCAGCACCCAGCACUGAAUUAAAAGAACCUUCAAUCUCCUUGAAAACCAGUGGAUAUGAACAUGAAUGCAACAGCAGAGGUACCGGAUAUGGACAAAGGCAUAAAAUAGAUGGUGCUGAUAUUGAGAUUCCUGAAGAGGUUCUUGAAGUUAACAUUGCAGCACCCAGCACUGAAUUAAAAGAACCUUCAAUCUCUUUGAAAACCAGUGGAUCUGAACAUGAAGGAAAAGGAAGUAAGUUCAAACUGCCAAGUCUUGGAUUGUCUGUCCCAAAAACCAAAGGGCCUGACAUUGAUUUAAGCUUAUCAAAGAAAGAUGUAGAUGCUGCACUUCCAGAAGCUAAAGCUGAAAUCAAACUCCCUGAUGUUGAAGUAGAGAAACCUUCUGUUGAAGUGGAAAUUGAAGCUCCUGAGUUCAAAGUUGAGACAAAAGACAAAAAAGGAUCACCAUCAAAGUUUAAGAUGCCUACAUUCAGAUUACCCAGAUUUGGCAUUGGUAUCCCAAGUGCCACAGCAAAAGUACCUGAUUUGGACACGGAUGUUAAAGUAGAUGGUGGUGAUAUGAGUAUCCCUGAAGAGGUUCUUAAAGUUAACAUAGCAGCACCCAGCACUGAAUUCAAAGAACCUUCACUCACCCUGAAAACUACAGGAGCUGAACAUGAAGGAAAAGGAAGUAAGUUCAAACUGCCAAGUCUUGGAUUGUCUGUCCCUCAAGCCAAAGGACCAGAUAUCAAUUUAAGUUUAUCAAAGAAAGAUGUUGAUGUUACACUUCCAGAAGCCAAAGCUGAAGUCAAACUCCGUGAUGUUGAAAUUGAAAAACCUUGUGUUGAAGUGGAAAUUGAAGCUCCUGAGAUAAAGAUUGAAACAAAGGGAAAGAAAGGAUCACCAUCAAAGUUUAAGAUGCCAACAUUCCAAAUUCCAAAAUUUGGAGUGGGUGUCACAAGUGCAACAGCAGAGGUACCGGAUAUGGACAAAGGCAUAAAAAUAGAUGGUGCUGAUAUUGAGAUUCCUGAAGAGGUUCUUGAAGUUGGCGUUGCAGCACCCAGCACUGAAUUAAAAGAACCUUCAAUCUCCUUGAAAACCAGUGGAUCUGAACAUGAAGGAAAAGGAAGUAAGUUCAAACUGCCAAGUCUUGGAUUGUCUGUCCCAAAAACCAAAGGGCCUGACAUUGAUUUAAGCUUAACGAAGAAAGAUGUAGAUGCUGCACUUCCAGAAGCUAAAGCUGAAAUCAAACUCCCUGAUGUUGAAGUAGAGAAACCUUCUGUUGAAAUUGAAGCUCCUGAGUUCAAAGUUGAGACAAAAGAUAAAAAAGGAUCACCAUCAAAAUUUAAGAUGCCUACAUUCAAAUUACCCAGAUUUGGCAUUGGUAUCCCAAGUGGUACAGCAAAAGUACCUGAUUUGGACACAGAUGUUAAAGUAGAUGGUGGUGAUAUUAGUAUCCCUGAAGAGGUUCUUGAAGUCAACAUAGCAGCACCCAGCACUGAAUUCAAAGAACCUUCACUCACCCUGAAAACUGCAGGAGCUGAACAUGAAGGAAAAGGAAGUAAGUUCAAACUGCCAAGUCUUGGAUUGUCUGUCCCUCAAGCCAAAGGACCAGAUAUCGAUUUAAGUUUAUCGAAGAAAGAUGUUGAUGUUACACUUCCAGAAGCCAAAGCUGAAGUCAAACUCCGUGAUGUUGAAAUUGAAAAACCUUGUGUUGAAGUGGAAAUUGAAGCUCCUGAGAUAAAGACAGAAACAAAGGGAAAGAAAGGAUCACCAUCAAAGUUUAAGAUGCCAACAUUCCAAAUUCCAAAAUUUGGAGUGGGUGUCACAAGUGCAACAGCAGAGGUACCAGAUAUGGACAAAGGCAUAAAAAUAGAUGGUGCUGAUAUUAAGAUUCCUGAAGAGGUUCUUGAAGUUGGCGUUGCAGCACCCAGCACUGAAUUAAAAGAACCUUCAAUCUCCUUGAAAACCAGUGGAUAUGAACAUGAAGUAAAAGGAAGUAAGUUCACACUGCCAAGUCUUGGAUUGUCUGUCCCAAAAACCAAAGGGCCUGACAUUGAUUUAAGCUUAUCGAAGAAAGAUGUGCAUGUUACACUUCCAGAAGCCAAAGCUGAAGUCAAACUCCCUGAUGUUGAAGUAGAGAAACCUUCUGUUGAAGUGGAAAUUGAAGCUCCUGAGUUCAAAGUUGAGACAAAAGAUAAAAAAGGAUCACCAUCAAAAUUUAAGAUGCCUACAUUCAAAUUACCCAGAUUUGGCAUUGGUAUCCCAAGUGGUACAGCAAAAGUAUCUGAUUUGGACACGGAUGUUAAAGUAGAUGGUGCUGAUAUUAGUAUCCCUGAAGAGGUUCUUGAAGUCAACAUUGCAGCACCCAGCACUGAAUUCAAAGAACCUUCACUCACCCUGAAAACUGCAGGAGCUGAACAUGAAGGAAAAGGAAGUAAGUUCAAACUGCCAAGUCUUGGAUUGUCUGUCCCUCAAACAAAAGGGCCUGACAUUGAUUUAAGUUUAUCAAAGAAAGAUGUAGAUGUUACACUUCCAGAAGCCAAAGCUGAAGUCAAGCUCCCUGAUGUUGAAAUUGAAAAACCUUCUGUUGAAGUUGGAAUUGAAGCUCCUGAGAUAAAGAUUGAAACAAAGGGAAAGAAAGGAUCACCAUCAAAGUUUAAGAUGCCAACAUUCCAAAUUCCAAAAUUUGGAGUUGGUGUCACAAGUUCAACAGCAGAGGCACCGGAUAUGGACAAAGGUAUGAAAAUAGAUGGUGCUGAUAUUGAGAUUCCUGAAGAGGUUCUUGAAGUUGGCGUUGCAGUACCCAGCACUGAAUUAAAAGAACCUUCAAUCUCCUUGAAAACCAGUGGAUAUGAACAUGAAGUAAAAGGAAGUAAGUUCAAACUGCCAAGUCUUGGAUUGUCUUUCCCUCAAACAAAAGGGCCUGACAUUGAUUUAAGCUUAUCGAAGAAAGAUGUAGAUGUUACAGUUCCAAAAGCCAAAGCUGACAAAGCUGGUAAGGCCCCUGAGGAAGACAUCAGCAUUGAUGUUCCCGGAGUUGAUGUCAUACUACCAGAAGUCAAAACAGAUGUACAUCUUCCAGAUACCGACCUUAAAGAAUCCUCACAUAUUAUCAUAGAGGGGGGAACCGAUACAAACCUUGAGGCUAAAUUGAAAAAGCCAAGAUUUUCAUUGCCAAAAUUUUCAUUUUCCAAGCAAAGUGUAAAAGACCCUGAAGUCGAUAUCAGUCUCCCAAAAACUGAUGUUAUUUUUCUGCAAGGUGAUAUAGUCAAACAACCUGACAAUGAGUUCAGUAUGGAAGUAAGUGAUGUGAAUAAAGGAAUUAAAAUUGAUGCAGCACCCGGCAUUGACUCUGAAGGUUUAGCUGUAGAUGUGAAAGCUAAAGGAGGUGAGAUAUCUGGAAGCAAGUUUAAAAUGCCAAAUCUGGCCAUCUCAAUGACCAAAGUUAAAAGUCCUGAAACAGAUUUAAGUUUAUCAAAGAAAGAUGUUGAUAUUUCCUUACCAGAGGUAACAGCUGACAUCAAACUACUACAUAUUGAAGGCAAAGAAACUGAGGGUUCUACUUCAUUACCGGAAACACCUACAAAUGAGGCCGAAGUCAAGUCAAAACGACCAAGUUGGACAUUUCCAAAAUUUUCCUUUUCAAGGACAGCCGAUAAGGCCCCAGCUAUUGAUGUCAAAAUUGAAACACCCAAAGCUGAGAGUAUAUCAAGCAAAACAGAAGUCUGUCUAGCAGAAGCUGAAAUCAAAGGACCUUCAAUGGAAGAACCACCUGCUGAAGAAACUGAAACAAACUUGAAAAAACCUAAAUUUUCACUUCCGAGAUUUUCUUUUUCAAAGUCAAGUAUUAAAGAAUCGGAGUUAAGUGAUGAGCUUCCACAAGCUGAUGUUUCUGUUUCAGAGGGAGAAAUAAAAGUUAAACAACCUGAAAUGGAAAUUAAAGCUCCUGAGAAAGAAGCUGGGCAAGGAAGCCCAUUUAAGUUCCCAAAUUUAGGCAUUGUACAAACAAAACCAAAAGGACCUGAAGUGGAUUUAAAAUCAUCAAUAAACAAUGUUGACAGCAAACGGCCAGAAAUAAAAGCAGAGGUCAAAAUCUCAGAAGAAGUCAAACAAUCGUCAUCUAGUUUGGGAAUCAAGUCUUCUGAGACAAAAGCAAAAUCAAAAGAUGCUGAAGGAUCCCCUUUAAAAGAAAAAAUUUCACCACUGAAAAUGCCAAAAUUUAGCAGUGCUUCCUUUGACGUUACCAUGGAAGCACCCAAAACAGGAAAAGUAAUUGACAUUCAUGGAUCUAAACCUAAGGAGGAUAUUUCUGUCACCGACAAAGAUUCGAUUGUUAAUAUUAAAAUGGAUUAUUCCAAAGGUAUAAUAUCAGAAUCCGAAACACCCAAGACUGAGACUGAUGUUGUGGGUCUUCCAUCACCAAGUAAAUUCAAACUACCAUCUUUUAAAAUGCCCAGGCUUAGCUUCUCAAAGUCUAAACCUGAAGAGGAACAGCUUCCUGCUGAAAUAGAAGAUAAAGAAGCUCAACUGGAAAUGGAAGUUGAAACAAAAGGAGAAAGUAAAUCACCAAAAAUGAUUCUGACAUCAUUUGGUGAGAUCCUAAAGACUAUUGAUGUUGAAUUUGAUGUUCCAAAAGCAGACCAAGUUGAAGAAAAUCUUGUAGUCUCAAAAGAAGUUCAAGAAAUAGGCGAACAUGCUGGAAAGCAAUUAGAAGCAAAGGAAAAAGGAACAAGUACCAUACAAGAUAUUUCCAAGAGUCCCGAGAGGACAGGUUGGUUUAAAUUUCCUAAGUUUGGCCUGUCUUCCCCUUCAGAAGCCCCCAGUGCUCCUGAGAAAUGUGAACAAAAGGAUGAAAAGAGUCCAGUAGGGGGAAUGGGGGACGAGGAAAUUAGCCCCACCUUUUCUGUCCAAUCAUCGGAUGCCUUCGCUGAUAUAAGUUCUGCAGUCACAAGUGAGCAUGUUGGCCCAUCCAUAUCUUCCCCAACAAAGGUAACUGUCAAAUAUUCUGAUCCAAAUGUUGCUACUGAGCUUGAAGAGACACACAGUAACAUCUUUACUUCGGCCACGAGGACUGAACUGAUCUCAGUUCAGCCUAACUUACCGGAGAAAAUCACUAUUCUGUCCUCUGGAAUAUCAUCGUCAUCAGAAGACACGUGCAGAUUGGAAUCGAGAAAACUACACGUCAUUACAACAAAUAUACAAGCAACCCCAGAAGCACAGCAUGCCCAGUUACUAACUGAUAUUGAAGCUGAAUUAGCUGAAGGCCUUCCCUUAAAAUCAGAAGCUAAUGAAACUACAUCAUGGACUGUGGAAGGCUCAGACAGUGGCAACAGAGCGGUGUUUGAGAGGCACUUAGUGACGAAAACCUCAACUGAAAGAAGUGAAAGCAGAGAGACAAUUGUUAUAACCAAACAAAUUACUCAUGUAUUUGACUCUUCUGAGCCCAUCUCUGGUGAGACAGCGUCAUCUAUACAGCGACUGAGAGACUCUGUGCACUCUGAGAAAAUGAGGUUCUUUGACGAUGCUGAGAAGUGAGGCAACUGGAAAUAAUUCAUGUGUAAAGAUACUAUUUCUCUUUGCCUAGACCUGAAUGUCAGAGGAGACAAGUGAAUGAAAACAUGCUGGAAACUGGGAAAGGAAGUUAGCAUGUUUAACUUACCGAUCACAGAGAACAAUCUGUCAGUGUUCAGGCAUUACAACAUGAUGGUGAUGUGCUGUGCUAUGAUGCUGACCUACAAAAGAAAUAUGCAUUCCUGUAAUUCACGCUGACAGUCUGUUGAAGAUACUAACAAUGUGUAUAACUGUGUCCUUACUUCAAAUUGUAGCAAGGCCUUAGCAAAUAUCCUUGCUCAAGAUGCAGAAUGUUUGACUUUUGCUUACCAAAAUCUCUAAAACUCAUUUUGCAGUUUUUCACUAUUGACUAAUUUACUUGUGUGUGUACUUUACAAAAUGAUAAUCACCAGUGCCGUCAACUAAAAUUUCUGACUGUUUGAGACUGAUGCAAAAAUCAAUUUAUUUUACUGACAUUCCAAAUUGUGUUUACAGUAAUUUCACUAUAACGCUUACAGUAUAUACAAACUACAAUAGCAUAAUGCAGUUAAGAUAGAACAAAGAAUAUGUACGUAUUGCACCAAGAUACUGUUGUCGCUGUAGCUAAAAUGUAAAGAGACAAUAGCAAUGCAAAGCUGAAAUGAAAAGCGUAUGAUCAAACAGAGCAAAUGUACUGCUAAAACUAUAUUUUUUAUUAAUACUUUGCUACUUUGAACCUAAUUUGCCACACUAGAAAUCUGUCUGGACUCUGUUUUCUUUCCAUAUCUCUGUACAAAGUGGGGCUAUUGAACCGGCUAUAUAAAUAGCUUUUAAUGACCUUUGAAAUUUUAUUGGAUAACUGCUCAUGUUUGUAUUCUGAUAGGCUUUAACUUAACUUGUUUGCAAAGUUAUAGACAAUAAAUGCUAUUAUAUCCAAAA